GCUCUAUAUAAUAUAGGUCUAUAGACGUCGAACAGUGAGGGAACAGUAUCCAUCUACUCUGCUCUUGUAAACUCCACGGGGAUGCAUGGACUUGUGUUUCUGGCGCUUCUCGCGUCUUUGUGUACAGCAGGCUAUGGUACAUCUGUCUCAGUUCACACCCAGACUGACACCAAGCCGUCAAAAACAUGGCUGUUCUCAACGGAUGCCAAUCGCAAACCUUAUUUUUUCGAGGACAAGAAAGGUGUGCUCCAGGGUUUUACCGUGGACUUGGUCAAUAAAGUGUGCAGCGUCGCUGGGGAGAAGUGUGCGUUUACCGUGAAUCCUUUUGUGGAGUGUGUACGGACCAUAAACAACCGCUUCUAUCCGGGCAGAGGGAUUAUGGCAGGUUGGUUUGACGCCUGUCCGGGCUACCUGGACACUGCAGAACGUUUGAACGCCGUGGACUUCACUCAGGCCUUUACCAGCAGCUCCGCCAGGUUCCAGGUUCUUCCGGGAAACCCGCGAGAAUUUCACCCGGCGAACGUCACUGGGUCAACCAUCACAUUCUUGAAUGGUGCUGCAACGGGAGCUCAAUGUCUGACCCGUCUCGGCAAGACAGGAGCCCGAUUUGUUGUGGCUAGUGGUAUAGAAGAAGCGAAAGAUCUGCUUACAAACGGAACGGCUGAUGCCCUGUUUUCCCCUCGCUCCUCCAUCCCUGGAUUCGACACACUACCUGACAGACUUCAAUGUGGGCGGACUGGAAGCGCGGUUCUAGUGAAGAAAGGCAGCCCUAUCCCAGACUGGUGGAACCCGGCAUUCGACCUGUUCCGUGCAACGGGAGGUUACAAGGACCUGUGUGACAAAUCGGCGACAAAAUACGGAGUGCCUGUCAAGAACUGCUUUCAAGAUGCAACGCGACACUAGAGCCAAUAUCCACAGACAGCACCGUGGACAGCAUCAUGGAUUGGCCUACUUGAAUAAACUUCGUAACAACAUUAAUGAUUCUCCAUAAACAUCGGGUUCGAAUCCAGCUUUUAGCACUGGUUGAUCGGUAUUUUGACUUUGUCAGGUUUACACAUACGUGCGUGGGUGGAUUUGCUCCCGUUGCCUCCACCCAAUAACCCUGACUGCCAUCUUAUACAUGAAAAAUUGCUGAAAACAGCGUUG